CUUAACUCUAAACUCAUUCCCUUCAGAUCAUCAAUCCUCCCCAGCAAAAUCCCUCUUCCUUCUGUGGCAGAAGGCUGAAACGUUUCCCUCUUGUCUAUCGUCUUCCCUAUAGGAGGCUAUUUUGCUUUCUGAUUGGGACGACGCCUUUUGUUCUUCACCCAUAUUCCUGGCGUUAAUCGAAUCUUUACAACUCGUACCUCUCGUCGAACUCCCGCCCCCCACGAUCUUUCUCUACUUUCUCCGAUUAGUCGUCAUCCGCGACUUAUUCAUCGCUCUUAUCUUCGAAUCGCGCUGUCCUGUGUUCCCUUUUUUACAUCUUCUCAAUUGAAUCAUAAUGCCUGACGUGCAAUCAAGGCAAGCCGCUCCACGUGGCAGGAGCUCUGCCAGAGGUGGCCGGGGUGGUUUUGGAUCGCGAGGCGGCAUCCGCGGCAGCAGUCGCCAUCUAAAUGGAGAAAAGGCCGAUAAUGCGCAGCCUGAAUUAGACGACCUCGAUGCUGAGACAGAGCUGCUAAAGAAGCAGUACUCCACAAAGUUUACCACCAUGAAAGAGAUGUUCCCCAAUGAAGCAGAUGGCUUGAUCGUCUUCGCAUUGCAAGAGACUUAUGGAGAGCCGCAGAGCGGCAAGGAAUGGGAUCCCGAAGCUACGAUUGAGCUUGUUAUGAAAGGUGUAUCGGCAUGGGAGAAAGUCGGCAAGAAGUCUAAGGAUAAGACUCAAUCCAAGCCCAAGGAGGAGAUUACCCCCACCAAUGAAGCAAUUCCAUCGACUCGAGGCUCGCGCGGCAGAGGGGGUUUCGAAGGCAGCCGUGGCGGACGCGGUCGUCCUGCAGAGCGUGGACGGGGCGUUUCGAGAGCUGGACGCGGAGGUUCGGCCGCACCUCCUAAUGGCAUCCGUCACCCCGCGAAUAAAAAGGACGCAAUUGAAUCGAUCAAUGAUAGCUCUAAGCUUUCUAUUCCCACCGAAGAAGCAUCCGCUUGGGACGUUACAACGGCAAAACCAGGGUCAGCAGGUACUGGCAAGGAGCAGGCCGCCGUCUCUGCUAGCGGUGCCCCAGCUGGUCUAGAAGCACAGAAGGUCGCUGAGCCUCCUAAAAAGAGUUGGGCCAGCACAUUGUUUGCGAAACCUGCACCACCCGCCCCCGCGCAAGCUCCUCUGAAGACGCAACCUGCACCUGCGCCAAAGGAAACAGCGCCGGAACCUCCGGCAGCUGCGGAGCCAACUGAAAAGCCUGCCGAAGCUCCCGAAAGGCCUUUGCAACAAACUCAGCCACAGAAUGAGCCUUCGCAGCCAGCGGAGCCUGUACCCACUGGCACCUCGGGUCUGGCACCUUCGGAGCCUCCGCAGCCAGAGCCGACCCCCAAUAUUGAGCCUUCCAAGCUUCAAUUGACCGAGACCAACCUCGAGCAAGUUCAAGAUGUCUCUGCUCCUGCCCCUACCGCAACCGCGGCUAGUACUGCUGCCAGCUCUGUCGAUCUCCGUAGUGCAAUUGGAAGCGUCACUCCGGCCACCGCUUCUCAACAGCCUAGUGCUCGUCUACCGCUGGGCGGUUUUGCUACGAGCGCUCUCAAGGCUACUGCAACUCCCCGAACCUCAAGCUUUCAGCGACGCGUCGCCGAGCAGCAGGAAGCUGUUGUCAUGCCUGGUAACCACGCCGUUGACCGUGCUGCUGUCCAAUUUGGCAGCCUUGGUCUGAACGGCUCGGUCGACGAGCUUGAUGUUGAUGAGGAUAGAGAGGAGGCCGAAACCCGCGCGCAACCGCCUCAACAUUCGCCCGUUGCCCAUCCUGUUACUUCCCUUCCCCCCGCUCCCAAGCAGCAAACUACUGAGCAAGCUCCUCACGAGCUCCCGCAGACCUCCAGGCCUGCUCCUGGCCUUCCUCCUGUCAGCCAGCCUCACCAAUCUCCUCAAGUUCCCCUGGCUGCUCAGACCAUGACUCAGCAAGGGUCCCAGGGUGGCCAAGCCUUCAACAGAUUUGGACAGCCUCCGGUGCCGCAGGAACCCGCUGCGCCUGUCCAGAAGCCUUACGAUCCUUUUGGACAGCACUCUACUCAGACCCAGUACGAUGCCUACCCUGUCCACACUCAACCUCAGGCUCAGCCUCACCAACCUGCCCCCACCACUCUUGGAGGUUUCUCGUCUGCUCCCGGCGACUAUUCGGCUUACUAUACUACCGACCACCAACGCAAUGCCUAUCAGAACUAUUAUAAUGCUGCUUAUGGUCAACAGGCUCCUCAGGCGCAGCAAGACGCAUCAUCCACUCAGCAGCGUUCUGGAAGUGGGUUUGGCCUUGGCCCUGCCGAUACCACUCCUCAGUACCUCGCCGGUCAAACUCAGCAGCCGCAGUCCCGUUAUGGCCAGCCGGCGGAGACGCAGACCAGUGGUCAUACGACCCCCAACCCUAGUCUCCCCGUCACCGCCCAACCUGCUCUGCCCACUCAGCAAGCUCAGCACAUCGCUGCCCAGCCUCAUGCGCAGGCUGCCGCCCAUACCGCUGGUUAUCCCUAUGGUCAUCCUUACUACUCAAGCCCUUACUAUGCUGCGUAUCUCAACCAGUUUGGUUAUGGUGGUCACUACGGUGCUCCUUUUGGCACCAAGAGUGCCAUGUAUGGCCAGCCGCAUAGCGCAUAUGGAAUGUCCCCUCAGACCUCUUAUGAGCAUUCUUCAUCCCCCGCAAAUCUCGGAGGUUUUGGCCAGCCAUCUUUGCAGGGCAGAGAUACCAGCAUUGGUGGCUUAGGCGAUUAUGGCCGUACUGGCUCAUCCCAGGCCUCGCAGGCGCAACCUCUCUCUGGCAGCACUGGUGCAUUUGGAUCUGUGCCAGAUGUAUUUGGUCGUUCCGGCGCAGGCUUUCCUGCACAGACUCAAACCAUUGGUCAGCAAAAUGUACAACAGAGUGCCGAUGAGCCAUUGAAGCCUUUUGGAGAAUCCAAGGCCACUGGCGGUCCUAGCCCAUCGUUGACCCAGCCCGGUCGACCUGGAUCCGCAACAGCUCAUACCCCUACUCAGCCUACGCAGUCUGCAUUCCCCCUGCCUCAGUCGCAGCAGAGCCAACACGCUUUUGGUGGAUACCCAAGUCACUUGAACCAUAAUAUCCAUGGCAGCCAGGGUGGCCAGUACGGUGGCCUCGGUGGACUUGGCGGCCACCAGGGCGCUGGUCAAAGUCACGGAGCCACUGGCUAUGGUGCUUAUGGUGCCGGAUUUGGUAACUACUAUGGAAACAGUGGCCGAGGCGGUUGGGGAGGCAACUACGGCCAUUAAUUCCAUUCUAGAUACGGUUCUUAGGAACAUGUCUUGAAAAUUUCCUAGUCAUUUCGAUUCACUGUCGAGCUGCUUUCAUCUCGGUUCUAAGCCUUUAAUUGGACUGGACAUGGGAUUCACAGGGUCAUUGUUUUACUCUGGGUUACACCUCUCUACGCGUUUUCUCGUGGGUCUUGUCUACUCUUGUUUUCUUUUCACUUUUCAUUUCUUCUUUUCCGUCUCUUUAUUUCCAAACGCUUAGUUGCGGACUGUUUUAUGCGAAAAUGAGAGGAAGCCAGGGUGGAAACGACAAAAAAAUUUUCUUUCUUGUUUCAUGGCUUUCUGUACACAACUUUGAUUCUUUCCAUCUCGGAUCGUCUUACAGACGUCAAAAAAAGCAAGGCAGACGGGCUUUGCCGGGGGCAAAUCACUGCUAUCUGAAGUCAAUGGAGCGAUGUAUUAUAGUAAAACAUUUUGCGUAACCAAUUCAAAAAGGGACUGAGACGUGCAG